AUGGGCCGGGCCAUUGUCGUUGCGGACCGUAUGCACCUCCACCUUCUCUGGGACAACGAUGGAAGGAUCUUUCUCAAGCCUGUUCCACGGCACCUCCUCGAUCCAGGCUUCUGGUCGAGCCAGCUGGAAUGUCAUAAACAACGCGAGUGUGAGAGUAGGCGGCCGGGGCUGAAUGUGCCGGCGAAUGAUCAACCACAAGACUCCUUCCUUUCCCUUGAGCAGUGCAGAGCUCCGCUCAGGAAAGUCGCCUUGGGAUUCCUCUACACGUACAUUUGCCUCAUAUCAUCGGAGAACGACUUCCUUCUUGCCAACAAGAAGAUGCUCUUGCCUGAUGAAAUCGAGAGCUGGGCGGCGUGGAAGAAGUUGGCAAGAGAUCGCAAAGCACGACCCUGCCAAGGCAUCUCCCGUAACAGCAAGACCAUGCUAUUCACGCAGCUUCGGGGCUUUGACCAAUACCUGGGCGGCCGCCACAGCUACAGCGCCUUCGGGCAUGACAAUCUCGUCUCGAUGAGCAUCAACACAAUCUCCAUGGCCUUGGUGCUUACCGCGAGGCAAGUCGGCCUUGCCACGGACCGCCUUCAGGCGAAUGCUGCCUUUCAACAGGCGUCGUACGGCUUCACAAUUUUUGCCAUGGUGGGACCUAUGUGUUGA